CAACGUCACGUGACUGUAAAUACAAUCAGGCAGCAUGGUGAGCAGAUCGCCUGCGCCAUCACCUGACCGCCGCCGUCACGCUCGGGCCCCGCCUUCCUGUGUUGUUAUCUCCUCCACAUUGUCUCCCCCUGUACCGAGAAUCUGUAGUCAUCCCCCGACCGUCGAAAUGUCGUCGCUGCCGAAGCCCUUCUCUGUCUGCGAGGGGCCCUGUGAGAGCUGCGCUGCCCGGAGACAAGGCCUGAGCUCGGCUCUUCAUCAGCGGCUCCAAUCCCCGCUGCUGGGUGCCUCCGCCUCCACCGGGUUGGUCUCGCUGAGGGACCACCGGAGAUUGUGCGAGGAUAGGAGGAACCUGGCGGCGGCUGCGAUCGGAGGGAGAAAAAUUACUCACCCCGGAAAAGCUAUACUUGCAGGUGGAAUAGCAGGAGGAAUAGAGAUCUGCAUCACCUUCCCCACAGAGUAUGUAAAGACCCAGCUGCAGCUGGAUGAGCGAGCCAACCCUCCACGAUACAGGGGGAUUGGUGACUGUGUGAGGCUGACUGUGCAGGAUCACGGGCUCAGAGGGCUGUAUCGAGGACUCAGCUCCCUGCUUUAUGGAUCAAUACCCAAAUCUGCAGUUAGGUUCGGCACAUUUGAAAUGCUCAGUAAUCCAAUGCGUGAUCACACUGGUCGGCUCGACAACAAACGGAGCCUCCUGUGUGGUUUGGGAGCAGGAAUAGCAGAGGCUGUUCUGAUCGUGUGCCCCAUGGAGACACUCAAGGUGAAGCUCAUUCAUGACCAAUGUUCCCUCCGACCUCGCUACAGAGGCUUCUUCCAUGGAGUCAGUGAGAUUAUCAGGGAACAGGGUUUGAGGGGAACAUAUCAAGGCUUGACACCAACUGUGCUUAAACAAGGAACUAAUCAGGCCAUCAGAUUCUAUGUCAUGAACACUUUGCGGAAUUGGUACAAAGGUGAUGAUCCUAGACGAGAAAUGCACCCAAUCGUCACUGCAAUGUUUGGAGCCACAGCAGGAGCAGCCAGUGUUUUUGGAAAUACACCUCUGGACGUUGUCAAGACCAGGAUGCAGGGUUUGGAGGCCUAUCGCUACAAAAACACAUUAGAUUGUGCCUUCCAAAUCUUGAAGCACGAAGGACCACAGGCGUUCUACAAAGGCACGGUUCCCAGACUUGGCCGCGUGUGCCUGGACGUGGCCAUAGUCUUCGUCAUUUACGAGGAAGUGGUCAAACUACUCAACAAUGUGUGGAAAACGCAGUAAACCGGCGUGAAGGUGACGAGGGAGGGAAGCACGCACCAGUGCCUCUUGCUACGCACAACACAACACCUCUGUUCCAGUUCAAUUUAGCCGUCUGAAUGCUCCUGAGCAGAUGAUGCGUCAUCUGUUUAUCAACAUAUUCGGUUACCAAGACUUACACAGCGAUGAAGAGGAAAGUGUUGUUUUAUAAUGAAGAACAGCAAGGCAUCAUCAAUUGAAGUAAAAAGAAGUGCUUAAAUGAAGGAUUAAAUAACAAACGGCUAAAAAAACAAUGAGAUGAAAGGAUAAAAAGAGUAUUGUAUAUGACUGGUCUUAACAUUCUUGACAUGGAAUGAACACUAUACUAAAACCAAAAAAGUGUCUUGAUUCACUGGGUACUUACCAUAUAUACUGUGCUAUGAAUGGACUCAAGUAAGCUUUUUGAACCUUUGUAACCAAUCUGUGCAGUCCUUUGCUUCGCUUGUGGUGCCCUCAUGCUCGUAUAAUAAUCUCUUGCAGUGUCCAGGUGACAAAAGUUCACUGUGCAUUUUAUGCCCAGUGCUGACCGCAGUGCGUCUUUGCAUGAACAUCGUUAGACUCCAGCGGCGACUCGCAGCUUACUGAGGCUACACAGACAAGUUUCAAAAGUGCAGACUGGGUAGUUUUUACAUGCAGGAUUGUUAGUGAGUGGGUUUAUGUUUGAAAAAGUUAAAAUGUUGCUAAUACUUCACUGUUGGUUCAUAAACAUUGCAGAACCCUCUGGGUUUUUUAGGGGUUUUUGUCUUCUAAUCAGAUUGAUCUGCCACAUUAAUGUUCUUUUAAUGUUUGAUCUGCCGCAUAGGCAUUUUGUACACCAACUGACAAAUAAAUAACUAACUCAG